AUGGAUAACAACGGUUCUGCGGACUUAAAGCAACUCUUAAUGAAUGGAAUGUCGCCACAACUCCAACUUGCUCAGCUGCUACAACAACAACAGCAGCAACAACAGCAACCGAUGUACAAUAACAAUGCUAACCCGUUGAUGCAGAUUCUCCAGAGCCCAAUGGGAUGUCAACUGCUGAAGGCGAUGGCACAGAACGGUGGUCAACUUGGUAACCUGGGCCAGAAUUUGGGAGACUUUGGCCAGAAUGGUUCGAAUGGUGCUUUGGGACCGAACGAUUAUGGCAAAAAUGGACAGACUUCUAGCUAUCAAGCUCCAGCCUUUGGUCAGAACGCUAAAUUUGGACAAAAUUCACCAAGAAACAUCCCUGCCCGAAGCAAAGAAACCAAGCGAAAGAAUGUGAUCAAGGAAAAUCAACCACCAGUCGACUACAAUCACCUUCAGACCAUGAACAACAUCAAACAAGAGGCCCAAAACAUGUUCCCAGAUGCCCAACGCUUCUCUCCAGAUGCCCAGACCUUCGCCGCCGCCCAAACUUAUCAAGAAGCCAACAACAAUUCAAUUCAGAACAAUCAACAGGCCGGAUCAAGCUCUCAGCCUCUCGGAUCAUUGAAUGUAGCCAUCGACCAGUCGAUUCAUCAAUUCCAGCCACUUUCAUCGACGACUUCUAUUGAUGAAGGUGUUCACACUUCUUCCACUAGUCCAGCUGAUACGAGAAGUGGUCCAGUCAGUCCAUUGGAUGUUGGAAAUGAUCUGGAACUGCCAAAGGAAGGUGAUCAAGGAGACAGGAAGCGACCAGCCGCCAUUAUGGAGCUUUUGAAUAACAAGAAGAGAAGAUUGGAGCUUAAGAAGGAUAAUGUAGGUUUUGAUUUUGAAUUUUUGGUAUAAAGGGCAGAUUUUUUGUUUUGGAAAGAAAGUUUUUGUAUUUUUUGUUUUGGAAAGAAAGUUCUUGCGAUUUUUUCGGUUUGUAAAGAAAGUUCUUGCGAUUUUUUUGGUUUGUAAAGAAAGUUGUUACCUAAAAUUUAUUUUUAUUUAUGGUUGGGAUCUAAAGUAGUAUUAUUUGUACCUAAAAUGAAUUUUUAUAUAUCUUUGUUACCUAAAAUACAAUUUUCUAUUUUUUAAAAUAUUUUUGUUAUCUAAACUUUGAAAAUUGUUUCAUUUCAGAACGAAACCGAUGGUACUCAAAAGGAAAAUUGGUCAGAAUUGUUCAACCGAGCCGGUGCCCGCGAGGACGAUACAGAAACUACAUCAUCGUCAGGUUCAAAGCACGAGGUCAAAUCAGAAGACGUCAGAUCAAGCCUAGAGGACGGAAGCUUAUUCAGAUCACUGUUCGGCAAUCAGAACAGUUCGGAGGAAACGGAAGUGAAGCCAGAAGUGUUUGGUUCUCAGGCUUUAUCAACAAGCUUCACUAAUGCGUCAAUGUUUGAGUUGCCAAAAGCUCGAGAGGUGGCUCAUGAUGAUAUAUUCUCCGAAGUGCCUGGCCGACUUUCACUACUGAGCAACGUCACGAAGCACAAGGUUGGUUUUAGUUUUUUGUUUGAUUUUUAACAUAAAAAUGGGUUUUUUGAAUAACUUGACGAAAUGUCACAAAAAUUAUUGGUUUUUUGACGAAGUGUCACAAAUUUAUUGCUUGUCAUUUUUUGUAAUUUGAUUGUAAAAGUCGGUUUUUACAUCACUUUUUGACUUUAAUUUUUGAUUUUUUUUUGUUUAUUUGUUACUAAUUUUUAAUAUUAUUGUAGAUGACAGUUGCGGAAGUACGUCGACGAGUCCUCGGCCCGGAGUGCUUCAACUUUUCGCUGCUGGGGGCCUUGCUACGACGUGCGAAGAUGCCUGAGAAGUCACAGGCCCUAUUCGAUGAUCUUCAGAAGGUUGGACUGUCGAUACCCCGAGGCCGAAGACGGAACGUCACGGUAUCCCUUAUGUCAGCCCUUACUGAAGCAGAGGCAGAGCAAUUGGUCCACGAUUUUGCCAAGGUUAGUGACGAUAAGUUCCCUAUCCAGGAAUUUGUCGAUCACCAGUUUGCACAGUAUUGCAACAACAUGGACGCCUUGAAGAUGAGGGCGUUGGAGCUCAACAUAACCAAGAAGGUGGUUGGCGAGUUUAUUGGAUUGUUACAGAUGGAUCGGUCGGAGAUAAAGGAUUUGGUGAGUUUGAUUUUUUAUUUUUUGAAUAUUUUAGAAAAGAAGUUUUAAAGAUUGCACAGUGCACACAUUUUUUGGUUGCAAUCAUUUUUCAAAAAUUUUUUCGUUUCUAAUUUUAAAGCAAAUAGGUUAAAAUUAGUUUUAGCAGUAUUUUAUCAACUCUUUCUAAAUUUUUUAAAAAGUAUUUGUUACCUAAAAUUACAGAGAAAUUGCACAGUGCAUUAAAUAAAAAGUUUUGCACUGUGCAAAAAAAUAAUUGACUGCACGGUGCAGCUAAAUAAAUAAUAUAAAUUUACUUAUUUUUUGCAUUUUAGAAGCCAGAACCAGUGUUACCGUCGAAUAUUCAAGAUCCUCUAUCAACAUACUCGAUGCUCACGCAUGGCUUUGGAACGCCGGCUCUUCAAGUGGGCGUGAACAUGUUGGGAACAUUUGUCGACCGCCAAAUGGCCCUGCUCACAGCUGAAGUCGCCCGAAUCGCCAAGGUUCACCCCCAUAGUCAUUAA